AUGAACACCUACGAGCUGGUAUUCGAAAUACAGGGAAAGGGGUACCAGGAGAUGCGGGUGUCGGACGGCGUUGUGGUCAUGCUCAGCCAGCCCAGGCACAACUUCAUCCCUCUCAGCCUGUACGACAUAGAGGACGGCAAAUUACUGGCAACCCGUGAAAUCGAGAUUGUGCAGCACCGUGAACUUCAGUUUCUUGAGUUGCUCGUGACGCAACUGCUGAUAAAGCAGCAGGGAGGGCCUAUUCGUGCGUACGACAUACUGCGGGGAGAAGGGUUCACGGUAAACGACACGAACCACUUCCGUCCCAGCGGCUUCGUGUUUUACGAUACGAAUUCUUCUAUGGGAUCAUACGAACCCGCAGUAUUUCCGAGGCACAAACUUGCAUACCGACCACGGAGAUUCUUCACCAUAUCGCGAACCUGCAUAGAGUUUUGGGAGCUCACGAGAUACAGCCUCCGACGAACGCGGCAGCUAUUUAUACAAGGCAUGGAUAACCCCGAUAUAUGCUGCCACUCACUCUGGGCCAACCUGCUGUUCGUUCGCGCCCACCAGGAGCAGCCCUUCGAUGACAAAGGGGCGGAUGAACCUCUGAUGGAGCGCUUUAGACAGUCCACCAUCUACUUUAAGAAACCCUUGCUCAGAAACAGAAGCGACCGAGUCCACACGCCCACGAAGCCGGGACCGGGCUGCUGCGAGGUGGACAUCUUCGCCGCUGAUGUCGAUUUCUAUACGAAACAUAGUGUCCUCCUAUUCUCUCUAGAUGGGUCGACAUAUUUCGGAAAAAUAGAUCGUGAGGUCUGCGGCGCUCACCUUAGGUCCCUCGCCAUAUCGCAGGACCUCUCUUCCUGUACAGCAGACGUUGCUGCCGGGCAGAAACAAGCCCAUGUAGCAAAGGCAUGA